CCCGCCGAGUGGCCCCCUGCCCGGCUGGGGCGGAGGAAAGGGGGAGGGAACUAGAGGAGGAGGAGGUUAGCCGAGGCAGCUACGGCGGCGGCGGCGCAGGGGCUGGUACGCGCUGGGCUGCGAGAGCCUCAUGGCGGAGGAAGAGAGCGACCAAGAGGCCGAGCGCCUCGGAGAAGAGCUCGUGGCCAUUGUGGAGUCUCCACCCGGCCCUGUAGGUAUCGGAGCUUCGGGCGACAGCAGAGGUAGCGCUGACGACGGCAUCUGCGGCGGCGGCGACGGAGUCGGGAUCAGCAGUCGGGAUUACUGCCGGCGCUUCUGUCAGGUGGUUGAAGAUUACGCUGGAAGAUGGCAGGUCCCUUUGCCGCAGCUUCAGGUUCUUCAGACUGCACUUUGUUGCUUUACAUCAGCCAGUGCAUCAUUCCCAGAUGAAUGUGAGCACGUACAAUAUGUUUUGAGUAGUCUUGCUGUGAGUUUCUUUGAGUUGCUGCUGUUCUUUGGAAGAGAUGAGUUUUAUGAAGAGCCCUUAAAGGACAUUCUUGGAUCAUUCCAGGAAUGCCAGAAUCACCUCCGCAGAUAUGGAAAUGUGAAUCUGGAACUGGUGACUCGAAUCAUUAGAGAUGGUGGCCCAUGGGAAGAUCCAGUGUUGCAAGCUGUUCUUAAAGCCCAGCCAGCAUCUCAGGAGAUAGUGAACAAAUAUUUAAGUUCUGAAAAUCCACUGUUCUUUGAACUACGUGCCAGAUACCUAAUUGCUUGUGAACGCAUACCUGAAGCAAUGGCUCUUAUUAAAUCCUGUAUAAAUCACCCAGAAAUCAGUAAAGAUUUGUACUUCCAUCAAGCACUUUUCACAUGUCUGUUUAUGUCACCUGUAGAAGAUCAGUUAUUCCGGCAGCAUUUAUUGAAAACUGAUUGUAAGAGUGGAAUUGAUAUCAUCUGUAACACUGAAAAAGAAGGCAAGACUAUAUUAGCUUUGCAACUCUGUGAAUCCUUUCUUAUUUCACAGCUCCAGAAUGGGGAUAUGUACUGUAUUUGGGAGUUGAUUUUCAUAUGGAGUAAACUACAGCUUAAAUCUAAUCCUUCAAAACAAGUUUUUGUAGAUCAAUGCUACCAGCUUUUAAGAACAGCAACUAAUGUGAGAGUCAUAUUUCCUUUCAUGAAAAUCAUUAAAGACGAGGUUGAAGAAGGUUUGCAAAUUUGUGUUGAAAUAUGCGGUUGUGCUCUACAACUCGACCUUCAUGAUGAUCCUAAAACUAAAUGUCUAAUUUAUAAAACAAUCGCACAUUUUUUGCCAAAUGAUUUGGAAAUCCUCAGGAUUUGUGCACUCUCAAUAUUUUUUCUUGAGCGCUCCUUAGAAGCUUAUCGUACUGUUGAAGAGCUUUAUAAACGCCCAGAUGAAGAAUAUAAUGAAGGCACAAGUAGUGUUCAAAAUCGUGUUCGUUUUGAAUUACUUCCAAUUUUGAAAAAGGGAUUGUUUUUUGAUCCUGAAUUUUGGAACUUUGUAAUGAUUAAGAAAAACUGUGUGGCAUUACUGAGUGACAAAUCAGCAGUUAGAUUUCUACAUGAAAGUACACUGGAAAACUCUACAGAUAAUCUAAAAAAGACAGUGGAAGAGCAAGGUUUAGAUGAAGAGUUUGACUCUCUUACAGACCAGAGCACUGGAGAAAAUGAUCCUGAUGAAUUAUCUGUAAUGCAACCUAAAGGUCAUGUUAAUACAAAGAAAAACCUUGCAGUUCUUAAUAUGUCCAAAGUAGAUCACAAUGUCCCAAGGCAUCGUUGCAUGUUAUGUAAUAAGGAAUUUCUUGGUGGUCACAUUGUAAGACAUGCCCAAGCUCAUCAGAAGAAAGGCAGUUUUUCAUGUGUAAUAUGUGGUAGGAAAUUUAGAAACAGAGGACUUAUGCAGAAACAUUUAAAGAAUCAUGUUAAGAAGAUACAAAGACAGCAAAUUGCUGCAGCUCAACAGGAUGAUCAGGAAAUCACUGCUUUAGAAGAAAUAAAUUGUUCCAGUUCUUCCAUUUCAUUUGAAAAUGGGAAUUCUAAUAAUAACGAUUCCGAAGUAGAGACUCUGAUUCCUUCUAUUGAUGGAAAGAAAGAAAUCAUAUCUGAGCAACUUCCUGAAUUCACUGAAAUCCCCAUAGGUGUAUCAGAAGGUAUAAUUGAAAAUGACAGUCCCGAUACUUCUUUAAACAAUGUCUCAGAGCCUUUACCUCCAUGUGACUAUGAAGAAGAAGAUGAAGAAUGUGAUUUUGAAGAAGAGGAUUAUGACCUGAAUCAAGAAACAUCAGUACUUCAUAAAAUCAAUGGAACUGUGUGCCAUCCAAAAGACAUAUAUGCUACUGAUCAAGAAGGAAACUUUAAGUGCCCUGCCCUUGGCUGUGUCAGGAUAUUUAAAAAAAUUGGAUUUCUAAAUACACAUGCAAGGACCGUACACCCAACUGAUUUAAAUGUGCGACAAACAGUAAUGAAAUGGAGCAGAGGAAAAUGCAAAUUUUGCCAAAGGCAAUUUGAAGAUUCUCAGCAUUUUAUUGAUCACCUAAAUAGACACAGCUAUCCAAAUGUGUACUUCUGUUUGCAUUUUAAUUGCAAUGAGUCCUUUAAAUUGCCAUUCCAGCUUGCCCAGCACACAAAAAGUCACAGGAUAUUUCAAGCUCAGUGCAGUUUUCCAGAAUGCCAUGAGCUUUUUGAAGAUCUUCCUCUGCUAUAUGAACAUGAAGCCCAGCACUAUUUAAGUAAAACACCAGAAUCAUCUGCACGACCAAGUGAAGCAAUUCUUUUGGAUGUUUGUACAGAGUCAAAUCCUAAUCUGGAAAUAGACUCAUCUAGUAAUGAGAAACAAAUUGUUAGUUUGCCAGCUUCUAGCAAAUCAAGAAAAGACUGUACACAACCAAAGACAUGUAUAGAAAAGAUGUGUUUGGAAAAGAAAACAGAAAGUUUAGUUCAGAAUGGAAAUGAACGUUCUGAUGACACUGUUUCAAAUAUAAGCUUGAUAGACCAAAAGAUGCCUGACAUAGAGCCAAAUUCUGAAAAUAGCUGUAGUAUUAGUGAUUCAGUCAAUGGACACAGUGAAAUGGAACAAACAUCUUUAGUUUCAUCAGAUUCUGUUUUGAAAACUGAUACAAACAGGACAGAAAAUGGUUCUGUUUUGCCCAGUGUUGUACAAGAAAAUAAUACCCUGCCAGUAUCUCAGGCACCAUCCAGACCAAAUGUUACAAGUGAACAUACUUCAUAUGGCUUAAUUUUAACAAAGCCAUAUGUCAGACCAUUGCCUCCCAGUUACCUUGAUGAACGGUAUCUUAGUAUGCCAAAACGCAGAAAAUUUCUGACAGAUAGAGUAGAUGCCAAUUCUGAUCAAGAUAACGUUUAUAAAAAACCAGUCAAAAGAUUAAGAUGUGGCAAAUGCCUGACCACCUACUGUAAUGCAGAAGCACUUGAGGCUCACCUUGCACAAAAGAAAUGUCAGACACUCUUUGGAUUUGAUUCAGAUGAUGAAAGUGCCUGAUAAAAAUGUUUCAGAAAGAUCUGUCGAUCAAACAGUAGUGUGAAAAAAAGCACUACAAGAAAAAUGCAUCAUCAGUUUGCUAUUUCCCUGAUGGCCUUAAUUUUAGAGCGGUCUCGGAUUACUAAAGAUAAAGAAAAAGCACAUUUUCUAGAAUGAACUUGCAGAGAUGUGCUGGCUAAGACUCCAAAAGGGUUAUUAUACAACUCCCAAAGUACCAGUUAUCCAGAAAACCACAGUUUUUAGAAGUUUAUGAUGAUUAAUAGCAGCAUGUUCAGUUUUGUUUAUGUGAAAACAUGUUUGGACAACUAGUUAAAAAGGAAAAGCCGACAUGGCCUUACAAAAAGGAAAAAGUUAACCCAUUAUAAAAGGAGAUGAAAGGAAAGCUGGUUUACAAUAAUAAACAAUGUAAAGCAUUCUACAAAUGAAAUUUGUUUUGUUUUUCAUGCAUAAUCAGAUUGUGUCCUCCCUUCUCGUCAUACAUAUUAUAAGGAACCACUGCUGUUUGGUACAAUUUAGAAGGUGAUACAUAGAAAUAAAAAUUUAUCAUUUUAUCACGUUAUCUAUCAAAGAUCCUAACAUAUUUCAGAUGAUUAAGUCAGAGCUCAAUGAAUGAUUUGCUAAUAAGCUCUUGCUAAGCUCAUCCAUUUUCUAAUACAAAUACAAAUGUCUGUAAUACAAAUCAGUUAUAUUUAAAAGGCAACAAUGUCAAAAGGAAAAAGUACCAUCAGUAACUUUGGCAGCAUAUGGGAUGAAUCUGAGACCUGUACAGGCUGUACAGUUGAAAGAAAACACUGAAUUGCAAAUUCUUCAAUGUGAAAAAUGGUUAAAGUACACUGGGAUAUUUUUAUUUGUAUAUAGUAUUAGGACAUUGCUUGGUGAGUCAUAGUGAGGUCCUUUAGACAUUAGUGUGAGUUAUCUAAGUAUAGUCCUAUGAAAAUAACUGAUUGAAAAUUGUCAACAAAAAAUCAGGUUAAUAAUUGAUUUAUUUCAUUCAGUUAGAGUUAAUUCCAAAAUAAGCCAUACCACCCAUGCUUUUUAUUCAUUAGUGAUGAAUUUGGUCUGAAUAAACUUUUAUUUAGGGAAGUAUUUACACAAAAAUUUGCACAGCAGGAACAUGAUGAGAUAUAUUAAUGCAUUAUUUUCCUUAGUGACUAGUAAUUUUCCUAAGAAAGAUUUUAACUUAAUUAUUUAAACAAUAAAUAUUUUUAAAAAAUCUUGAAUGUGUUCCAUCCCCAUUAUUGAAAGAAUAAAGACCUCCUUUUACCUAAUAGUAUAUUAUGUUAAUCUAAAAGAUAGAAAACAAAAAUGCAAAGGCAAAUUCUUUGAAAACAGACCUUGUAAUAUACUGUCAACUAAAUAUUCCAUUUAUGCCAACUAAUAAAUUUUUGUUUAGAGACUGAGAAUCCUAUCAGACUCUACUAUUGUGAAUUGUAGACUAUUAGAGAUUCUUCAGUGAGGUUACUUUUCUUCAGGGUAGCAUCCAGAUUUUAUCAAAUUAUGACUUCCAGGUCAUGGUAUAUCAGAUAAUCAAAAAAAUCUUAAUUUUAUUAGAUUAUUUACCAUGGACAUUCAAAACUAUGCAAUGAUAGUCAAGAAUCCAUUCCAAUAAAAUAAUUUUUUGUUUCAUCAUAUAGCCUAUAUUAGGCUGCAAUUUACAUAUAGAUAACAUAAUUCAUAAUCAAGUUUUUAAAUAUUUUAAGGUCAAUUUAAAGAGAAUGUUUUCCAUAUUUCCUGAUACUAAUAAUGUAAUAAGUGAAUUUUAUUUUGGUUUAUUCUGAAAGGACACCAUAUAAUAAAAAACUAUUUGGAACCUGGUUCAUUUGGACAGUGAAGUUUUUUUUUUUUAAUAUAAUUUCUGCUUUGUAGAUGUUCCAGAAGUUUAAAACAACGUUUAACCACAUUUUACUUCUUUACAAGUUGUAACUAUUGGCAUAAAUCUGUUCCCACAAUUAAUUCUGAAGUUCAUGUUAAGAUGUUUUAAACAUUUAAAUUAUUAAGUCCUUAAACUUAAUUUGAGGUUUUAUUUCUACUUUUGUGUUGUUAGGAGAAAAUUUUCUGAAAGAUUAAACUGGUUUAUAUACAACUAAGUCAAGAAAUAUCAUAAAGUUCUCUUUGAUUACAUUGUUUUAACCUCUUUAUAUAUGUCACACAUGAAUACUGAAAGAAUGUGUGUAUCUUGCUGUGUCUUCUAAAACCUACAUCGUUCUGCUUUUAUGGGGUGCAUAAAUUUAAAACAGUUUUUAGCUGGGAUUCAAAAGAAAAGGAAGCUUCUUAUUCUCAGCUUUUCUACUAUUUUAAGGGUAUGUUUAUCUUAAAUAGAAAAAGUUUUAAAGUUUUGUUUUUAAAUAAAAAUUUCCUUCAAAAAAUUAAAUGGUAACCUUUUGCUCUGUCAGUAAGGUCAAGAAAAGAGCAAAUCUGAAUUUUUGCUGCUCAGACAUUAUAGUGGAUGUAGAAAAGGGGAUCUCUGGAUAAGGACACUGGUACUUUGGGCUUUAGCCAUAUUGUUAUUUUUUAAAAUUACCAAUUAUAUAAUGCAUACAUAAUUUAUAUCAUUGAACUUGAUUCUUUUCAAAUCACACUGAACGUUCAGACACACUUUCACGUUUGGUCUAAUGUAUGAAUGAAAAAUCUAAAAGGGAUGAUAGUGUUUAUUUUUUAAUUUAUUUGGUACUGUAAAACACCUUUUCAGAAUGGGUAAAUGCUGUGUAUGCAUUUUGAAAUUGUUAAUAUGUGAAAGAUAUUACAGAUUCAGCAAGAAAGGAAAAUUGUGCUUCCUUGUUGAUAUUAAAUUAUUUUACUUUGCAUUUUAUAAGAGUACAAAUUAAAAC